AUGAGUACUCCCACCUCCACCGUCAUCUACACCUCCCCCUCCCCCUCUCCCACAGUCACUUCCUGGAGUGCCGCCUCUGGCCUCCCUCCUUCCACCUCCCCUUCCCUUCCUCCACUUACCCACCCCCCUAUCUCCUCCCCUGCUGUAUACCCACACCUCUACACCCUUCCUCCAGCCUCCACACCCUCAACAGCUCCCACUACUACCCCCGCCCUCACAUACGCCUCUGUUGCCGCCUCUGCUGCCGCCCCUCAGGUGGUUGGCUUCCCCUCUCUCACCGACCCCGUCGCUUCGUCUUCUGCAUCUCCCGCACGCAUCACGUUGCGCCGAGCCACCAUCGCCACCACUGAACCAGCUGCUUCUCCCGGUGCCUCCACUACGCCACAGGGAUCUGCCACCCGCCACCUCCCUCUCCUCCCCGUCCCUCUCCCCUCCUCCCAGCCUCCAGUCUCCAAAAAACCCCAAAAGCGCGUCCUUACCGACUCUGCUCCCGCCACUUCCCACAAAAAAUCAACGCCACCUCCCCCUCCCCCUCCCCCUGCCGUCACCAUGGACACCACCCCUCCUCCUGCCACCCCUACCUUGGCCCCCACCCUCCACACCUUUGUCCUGUCCACUCCCGAUCCUAAGUUCCUCGACGCUCUUGCAACAAUGGUCAUUUCUCUGUGGCAAUUAGCAUUUUCAAUUCAUUAUUGCUGCUAUGAUGGAAUUAGGGAAAAAUACAAAUAUUUCAUACCAAUGUUGCUGGUCCUAUGCUCUAUUACAAAUUAA